AUGCCUGCGAAGAGAAAGCGCCAGACUCGCCUCGCUUUUGAGCCAACGGGUUCUAGCCCCCCGAACCAGUCGCUCUCGCGGGCUAAGGUCAGGUACACUGAAUCCAGAGUGACAGCAACACGGAAGAAGACACGGCCUGCGUCUCGAUUAGUUGGCAGCAGCAAGAAGGGCCAGCAAACGCUGGAUUCGCUCGGCAAAGCAGGUGGCAAGCAGAAAAAGGCGACAACUAUGUCGAGCCCGCCUUCUUCAACUAACUUCAUGCCUAAGCUACAAACUAAUAGGCAAACUGUAACGACGGUAGGUUCUUCCGACGAGUCUGCGGUAGAGGAUGGGGCGGUUGAAAUGGAGGAUAGUGAGGACGAUGAUACCACGCUGCCGCUCAUCGCCAACGAGGCCAAGCUGCCUGCAUCUGCCCCACCGCACUCCUCUCAGUCUGUUUCGACACGGCUGAAACGGACCGUCCUCGAAGACGAUGAGGAAGAGGAGGAUGAAGAUGACGUCCCUUUGGCUCCGAACUCCCUUCGACGUCGUCGCCCUGCCGCCGUCGAACUCGGCGACUCAAGCGAUGAAGAUGUGUCGCCGGCGAAGAGGAGGAGGCUGGUUUAUCAUGCAGCAAAAAAGUCGUCUUCAGUCUGUUCUAGCCAGUCGAGUGUUAGCAGUAACAGCCAGUCCAGUGGCCGUUCGGGAAUAGCUAGCUCCGGCAAGCCUUCUGGCGGCAAGCUCAGCCGCCGUGAGCCACCUUCAUCGCCAAUAAAACGAUCGCAAAGGGUCCAUCGCACAGAGAAACAGAAGAAGAUAGAGCUCCUUCGCCGCCGUCGAGCGGGAGAGAAGAACCCCAAAUUAACCUCGUCAGAAUCAUCCUCCGACGAUGAUGCACCGCGCGGAAUCUAUGACACUGAUAGCGAGGAUGAACUUGAAGUUUUGAAGGAGUUCGACGACGAAGAACGUGACGAGCCCUCCGCCAACGAACCAAAGCAGACUCCGAAGAAGGCGCCCAUCAAGAAAACUCAGAAUGCCGUGUUCGGCAAUGAGGAUGAGAGUGACAUUGACGACUUCGUCGUUGAGGAUGAGGAUGGACCCAUUGGAGCUCCCGCUCUUCUUGACAUUCCCCUUGAAUUCACAGCCCAAGCCCACAAGCCAUUGAAAGAGCAGUUUCCUUAUAUCAUUGAGUGGCUUGUCCAUAACAAGAUCAACCCGGCCUUCGAUCGCAAUGAUCCCAUCUACAGCAACGCCUGGCGGAAGUUGGACUUUGAGGUCCACGGGCUUGCCAGCUCGAAAUUCGCGUCUUCUGCCUGGAAACCCGAAUUCUACCGCACGUUGAAUGGCAGACCCAAGCUUGAGGCCUACGAGAUGGGUGCUGGAGACGGAGAAAAGUACGAUACCUGCCAGGCUUGUGGCCGAAGUGGUCAUCCAGCAACCUAUAAAAUCAUUUUUGAGGGUAACCCGUACCACAAAAGCACCCUCGUAGAGGUCGAACAGGACACCGACGACGAGGAUUCGGGUCAUGAAUCUGUUGAUACCCAGGACAACCCAUUGCCACCAACGGGGAAAGAAUGGGUCGUCGGAUCUGUGUGUUGCAGCAAUGCGGAAACGGCCCACAGCCUUAUUCAUUGGAAACACGCACUGAAGGAGUGGGUGGAGGAGCGUCUGGAGUCUGACGGGUGGAUGACAGCGCAGAAGCUCAAGGAGCGGGAGAAGAUGAAGGCAAAGAAGCGCCGCGCCUUGGCAAAUGAGAUUGUCGAUACCUGGUCAGAGAAAGGCAUCGUCAAGGCGUUAUAUGCCGAUUUCAAGAAGACGCUCGAGGAUGCAAGGCAAAAGUCGACUACGGGGACCAGGGGAAGGCGGUACAGAUAA